UUUAUUGUGAAGGCUGUAGCCGGAAGCUCGGUAUGAGUUGACAGUGUGAUGAAGCGCAUGCGCAGCAAGCGGAAAAGCAGUUCCGAGGAUCCGCAGCAGUUAGUUUGAGUUAAAAUGAGCUCCAUCGGGACCGGGUAUGACCUGUCUGCCUCCACCUUCUCUCCAGAUGGCCGGGUGUUUCAGGUGGAGUACGCCAUGAAGGCCGUAGAGAACAGCAGCACGGCUAUUGCUAUCCGCUGUAAGGACGGUGUUGUGUUCGGCGUGGAGAAGCUUGUUCUGUCCAAACUCUACGAGCAGGGCUCCAACAAACGCAUCUUCAACAUCGACAGACACGUCGGCAUGGCGGUAGCAGGGCUGUUGGCUGACGCUCGCUCUCUCUCUGAAGUGGCGAGGGAAGAGGCGUCCAGCUUCAGAUCCAACUACGGACACGACAUCCCGCUCAAGCACCUGUCAGACAGAGUGGCCAUGUAUGUGCACGCCUACACCCUGUACAGCGCUGUGCGGCCGUUUGGCUGCAGUUUCAUCCUGGGAUCAUACGACAAAGAUGACGGUCCUCAACUCUACAUGGUGGACCCUUCAGGCAUCUCACACGGUUACUGGGGUUGUUCCAUCGGGAAAGCUAAACAAGCCGCCAAGACAGAGAUUGAGAAACUGCAGAUGAAGGAGAUGACGUGCAGGGAGAUCGUCAAGGAGGUCGCAAAAAUAAUCUACAUCGUCCAUGACGAGGUGAAGGACAAAGCCUUUGAGUUGGAGCUCAGCUGGGUGGGAGAAGUGACGAAUGGACGACACGAGCUGGUACCCAAAGACGUCAGGGAGGAAGCUGAGAAAUACGCCAAGGACUCUCUGGAAGAGGAGGAUGACUCCGAUGAAGACAACAUGUAGACUCCUCUCUGCUGACGGCUCUCACACAUCAGAUUAUUUUUUAUGUUUUAUAGUUGAUGAAUGUUCACGCUGGUUGUUUUUGCUUUUGGUUUGAUGAAUUUCAGCUUUGACAAUAAAAAAAAGUUGAAGAAA